ACAGGGCAGAGCUGCGCUGAGUGUGGCUGAAGUAGUCCACAUCAGUGUUAAGAAGAGAGAGAGGGGCAGAUAGGAAAAAAAUCGGAGGACAGAGAGAGACAGUGCAGAUUGUGCAAGCAGACUGGAUUAACAGAUGUAACAAAUUGGACCUGUCUUUUCUGUCUUUAGCUAAAGGUAGAGACUCAGCGAUAACGUGGACGGCUGUUUAGGCAGAGCUGCACGCUGGUUAGGUAUCAGGACUGAAAAAUAUGGCAGUCAUACCCAGACUUUACCACUUUUCAAAACAUUUAAUAUGGUGAAGAUCUCUUAUUUGUGCUUAGUUUGGGUCAGUUUUCCUUGGACGUACUAGUGUGGGAGGCUCACUUACAGUAAUAUUGACCCUGGAGUUGAACCCUAAUUUUGACUUUUGACCCCUGGAGCAGAAAAGAGUUUCUGAUUUAUCAAAGGGUCUGAGAGUGACGGCCCUGGAGUCGUGUUUUUAAAGCACCUCACUGGCUUUUCUUGCCCCAGGACCAUGGGCUCUCUCUGGGGCAGCAUUAUGCUGCUGUGUGGGGUGGUUCUACUCAGCACGGAGGGCAGCAGAGUCCAACAGACCAAGAACAAUGUCCCUCGACUAAAACUCUCCUAUAAAGACAUGUUGGAAUCUAAAAACCUUGUGACGUUCGAAGGCCUGGCCAACAGUUCGGCUUACCACACCUUCCUGUUAGAUGAGGAGAAAGGAAGACUUGUGGUUGGAGCCAAGGACCACAUCUUCUCCUUUAACCUCCUCAACAUCAGUAAAGACUAUGCACAGAUCCCUUGGCCAGCUUCUCUCACCAGAAGAGAUGAAUGCAAGUGGGCAGGAAAAGAUCUCUCGAGGGAGUGCUCAAAUUUCAUCAAGGUGUUGCAGCCAUUCAACCAGACCCAUCUCUAUGUGUGUGGGACAGGAGCCUUUCAUCCUGUAUGUUCUUACCUGGAAGUGGGCAAGAAGCCAGAGGACAGUGUGUUCAGACUGGAGCCUCACACUGAAAACGGCCGAGGGAAGAGCCCAUACGAUCCCAGGUUGCUCACUGCCUCCAUGCUAAUUGAUGGAGAACUUUAUGCUGGAACCUCAGCCGACUUCAUGGGGCGAGAUUUUGCCAUUUUUCGUACUCUUGGCAAGCACCACCCAAUCAGGACGGAGCAACAUGACUCCAGGUGGCUAAAUGAUCCCAGAUUUGUCGGGGUUCAUCUAAUUCCUGAGAGUGACAACCCAGAAGAUGAUAAAAUCUACCUGUUCUUCAGAGAGAAUGCUCUGGAUGGAGAGCAUGCUGGGAAGGCCACACAUGCUCGCAUUGGACAGCUCUGCAAAAAUGACUUGGGAGGCCACAGGAGUCUGGUAAAUAAGUGGACCACCUUCCUGAAGGCUCGACUUGUUUGCUCUGUGCCCGGCAGUAAUGGAAUAGAUACUCACUUUGAUGAAUUACAGGAUGUUUUUCUCAUGAGCUCAAAGGAUCCCAAGAGUCCAAUCAUCUAUGGAGUAUUCACCACUUCCAGUAACAUCUUCAAAGGUUCAGCUGUGUGUAUGUACAGCAUGACUGACAUCAGGAGAGUGUUUCUGGGUCCUUAUGCUCACAGAGAUGGGCCCAACUACCAGUGGGUCCCGUUCCAGGGACGCGUUCCCUACCCACGACCUGGCACAUGCCCAAGCAAAACAUUUGGAGGAUUUGAUACGACCAAGGAUCUUCCUGAUGAGGUGGUGACCUUUGCCAGAAGCCACCCAGCUAUGUUCAACCCCAUUUACCCUAUUAACAAUCGACCAAUCAUAGUCAAAACAGAUGUGGACUACCAGUUCACUCAGAUAGUGGUCGAUAAAGUAGAAGCAGAAGAUGGCCAGUAUGAUGUCAUGUUCAUAGGCACAGACAUGGGGACAAUUCUGAAAGUGGUAUCCAUCCCCAGAGGCUCCUGGCAUGACCUGGAGGAAGUCCUACUGGAAGAAAUGACUGUAUUCAGAGAGCCAACAGCCAUUACUGCCAUGGAACUUUCAACAAAACAGCAACAGCUGUACCUGGGCUCAGACAUUGGUGUGUCGCAAAUGUCUUUGCAUCGAUGCGAGGUUUACGGCAAGGCUUGUGCUGAAUGCUGCCUGGCAAGGGACCCUUACUGUGCAUGGGAUGGCACCGAGUGCUCCAGAUACUUUCCCAUGGCUAAGAGGAGAACAAGGAGACAAGAUAUCAGGAAUGGAGACCCACUCACACAGUGUUCUGAUCUACAACAUCAUGAUGAGCUAAAUGGGCAGACAACUCUCCUGGAUAAAACUGUAUAUGGUGUGGAGAACAGCAGCACUUUCCUUGAGUGCAGUCCAAAGUCUCUGAGAGCCCUGACGUACUGGCAGUAUCAGCGUUCCACUGAUGAUCACAAGCAAGAGAUUAAAUCAGAGGAACGUUACAUUCGAACAGACCAGGGCCUGCUGAUUCGCACACUUGAGAAGAAGGAUUCAGGGAUCUAUCUCUGCCAGGCGGUGGAGCACGGCUUCAUGCAGACACUUCUGAAAGUGACCCUAGAAGUCAUUGACACAGAGCGCCUGGAGGAUCUGCUACAUCAUGACGAAGAAGUCGCUGCCAGUGGCCCUGCCCUGGAUCUUUCUUCACCUCGAGAAACUCCAAAUCACAAACUGUGGUACAGAGACUUCCUCUCUUUGGUCAAUCAUCCAACUCUGAACAGUGUGGACGAAUUUUGCGAGCAGGUUUGGAAAAGAGAAAAGAAGCACAGGAAGCAGAAAGCUCAUCUGGUGCAGCAAGCACAAAUGCAGCAGCAGCAGCAGAAGGUUGUGAUAAAUCCUCACACCCACAUGCAUGCACAAGAACUUUCAGCCAAGUGGAAACACCUGCAAGAGAGGCAGAAGGGACGCAACCGCAGGACCCAUGAACUGGAGAGGGCUCCCCGCAGUGUCUGACCCAUACAUCUUGAGUUUUAACAAUCAAAACUAAAACCACACCCAUUUGUCAUUCUGUAACCCUGAUUAACUCGCAUAUCAUGCCAAUAUACACAUUUUUUCCACAAAUACUGGAUAAAAAACGGUUAAACUGGAAAAAAGAUAAUACUUCCCUGAUCUGCUGGCAGGUGUGUUCUGUGCGUGGGCAGCCAUGUUUACAGUACACCAGUACAGAAGACUGCAGGAAACAGGAUAUUGUGUCAAGCCAGACCAUUGAAGCAUAUUAUCUCAGCUGGCUUCUGUGGCCUGAGCACUACAAGGGGCAGCAUUAACCAGCACACAAACUGUAUACCACCUUAUAGACAUGAUAGACUCCAUGUUGAGAUGGCCGUGUCAGUGGCCUUGUCUCAUGGUAUACUAGAUGGCGUCUUUGUCAGUCUGAAACUAAGCAGAUACCUACGGUAAAAAUUACACCACUGUGAAAUAAAAGAGGUGCGACUGUAUUGAAAACACUGGAAUUACAAGCACAAAAUAAGUAAAGCUCAUGGACAGCACAGUAUGGGAUAUUUGGUCACUUUUGGGGCUUAUGGGUGAUUAAACCAGUUAGCAUGAAAGAGAAAAAUGCUGAAGCACUGCAAGAAACUGGGAGCAACAGGUUGUUGGUCAGCAAAUAUAAUUAUGUAGCUAAGAUGUGUAAAUACUGUAUUCUAUGACAUCUCUGACUGAAGGGAAUGGCUUGCAGUUGCUGUGUUGCUUUAUGUUGUUUCCCCAAAUAGACAUUUAUUUAAAGAAAAAGACUUUUGAAAGCAGUUGUAAACAAGGAGAUUUUAUACUAGUCUGUGUUGAUGCCCUAGAUAAGCUUCUCAAACAAAGACCUGUUUUAUUACAAUAUGAUGUGUUUACCUUUUUUUUGUUUGUUUGUUUGUAGAGAUGUUUGCCACUGCAUCAUCUGAGUGCGCAAAAUAUCAUAGUGAGUUCUUCCAUGUUGAUUUAAUUACACUUUGUAUAGAUUUUCCACUACAUGUGUAUUUAUUAAUAUACAGUUAUGUGAAAAUACAUGUGAACAUAUUUUUGAUGUGCAACUUUUUUCCCCUGCAAUUUAUUUUUUGGUUUGAUUGCUUAGAUUUACAGGACCAAUUUUUAAAAAUGACUGUAUUAUCAAAAAUACUGUAGAAAGACUGGAAGAUAUUUAUUAUAUUGGUCAAUAUUUCAUGCAUUACAUCUCAGAUGCGCUGAGCAAUAAGCUAGUAUCAAUACUGUAUUUUCCUUCCACACUUGUUGCCUCAUAUUUAUAUUUCUAAUGGGCUUUGCAGUUUAACAACUUUAUUUCAGUGCAUGUAACAUUAAUAAUAAUGUUGGGGGGUGGGAUAACAAUCCAUUAUUAAACAAUGCACAAACACAAACCUGGAAUGUAGCUGUGAACAAUAUGUAAAUAUAAAUGUUAUGGUCUAUGUUUGACAACUAAGACACUGUACUAGUGCAUGUGAACACUAUUGAAGCGCUCCCAUUUUGCUAUAACAAUUGUAUACUAGUCGGAUAUUGUCAAUGUUACUCUGUUGUUUGCUAAUGCAGUACAUAAUAGUAACUAUUUCAAAGAUGUACAUACUAUUUCUUUUAGGACUCUAAACUGUAUAACUGAUAAAUCCUGAGUUAAGUAUUUACAAAAGAUAUAAAUAAGACCCAAACUGGAUCUCACUGUGGAUCACAACGCUCACAGACCAGUUAAGAGAAAUGAACCAUGUCAGUGGAGCACUGCAACACAUCAGUCCGUUUUGCCGAACUUGUUUCAUCAAGUGCAAGUUUCAUCAGCUUUGGGGAGCAAUGACAGAAAGAUGAGGAACAGCUCAUGAAAGAUAUUUGAGACUAAUGAGGCGAGCACCAGAGUUGUGGAGCUUUCGGUGGAUAUACCCUCACGUCAUCUGUCAUGGACAAAUGGUGAAAAUGAAGAAAUGAAGUACUGCUGUUGCUUUCUGGUAUGAUGAUGAUGUACUCUACUGAACUA